AUGAAUGCGAAAGUGAUUUUAUUUGUAACGAUUGUGGCCGGCGUUGCGCUCAGCACCGCCGUACCCGUUGGCGAUAAUCAAAAUGGCAAGUAUCAGAAUUCGGUAGAUAAUAACAAUGAUGGCAAAUAUCGUCCUAGCAAUGAUGGCAAAUAUCGACCAAGUUCUCGCGAUGAAGGCGCAAGAGGCGGCUACUAUGAUUCCCAUGGUCGUUAUGUACACAGUACCCAGCCGUACCGUCACGUGCACGACAAUCGAGAACUUGGCAAAUACAAGCACAUCCCAUACCCCUAUGAUGGUGGUUAUGGACCAUACAACGGUUCUAACAUACCGUAUAUGCAUGUCGAUGUGCCUUACGACCACAAUCUUUACACAAGCACAACAACUACUACCAAGAAACCCACUACCACCACCACCACCACAACAACGACCACAACCACAACAACACCGCGCUCGGUAUUGUUCAACUAUGACGAGGAGGGCAAAUACAAGGUGGUGCAUCAGGAGGAUGCUCGUAAAGAGGACAAAUAUGAUCAUUCUUACCUAACCGAAAACGGCAUCUACGGCGAGGAACAAGCCAAACUACACAAAAACGGCGGCACCGACGCUAAGGGCUACUACGAAUACACCGGCGAUGAUGGCAAACUCUAUCGUGUCCACUACGAGAGCAACCACAACGGUUUCGUACCCAAAGGUGAUCACAUCCCAACACCACCACCAAUCCCAGAGGCCAUUGCACGUGCACUGAAAUAUGUUGAUGAUUUGCGUAAAUCUCGCGGUGAAACGCCCAUGUUCGAUCAACGCGGUUUCCGCAUUGACAAAAUGUCAUCCAAGGAUAUAAUGGCUAAAAUCAAAUCGAUUCACUUGGAGGAAAUGCCCAAAGAGAUUAGCGAACAAAUCUUGGAAUUCGAGCAUGAAGUGGAAAACUAUGCACAUAUGAUUGAACAAUACGAACAGGAGCAGCCACAGGCACAAUAUGUGGAGGAGUAUCAACAACAAGAACAAUAUGAUGUACAACAUUAUCAACAACAGCAAGAGCAACAAUAUGCGGAAUAUCAAAAAGAAUUGUACGAUGAACAAGCCACCGAAAGCAAUCCACAGCAAGUAUAUGCAUAAGAGCGAAAAAGUGCUUGAAGUGAAGUGAAAAAGAGGUGCCAUGAGUGUUAGAAGCAAAGAGUAUAUACAUAUGUGUAUGUAUGUAUAACUAGCAUUAACAAAUUGAUUAUUGAUAAAUGAGAGUUAGACGAAUUGCAAAAACAGAUUUAGGAAUUUGUUUACGAAUUACAAACAAAAGACAGCCACAAAAACCUUUAACAACACACUUAUAUAUAUAUAUAUAUAUAUAUAUUAAUUAUUUAAACUAAU